AUGGAUGAAAUCAUACCCAUACGAGGAAACCAUGUACUGUCUGUCUUUGUCUGUUCUGCGCUGGAUAUUUUCUCAUGGAGUAUGGUGCAGCUGGCAAAGGAAGCGUUGGUUGUUCUAAUGACCAGGCUUGUUCGGCUGCAGUGGGAUGAUGCCCUUAGGGGAUCGUCGGUGCGGACACACGCACCAGCACCGAGAGAGGUAGUUGUAGAAUCUGCUGAGGUGGCUGCCGUGGCCGCUGGGAUACGAGGUGUCACAGUUGAACUUCAAAGAGUGUCAACGAAACGAGGAUAUUCUGAUGUUUUCUUUGAGCUGGAUUUGGCAACACGAGUGCAGUAUGCUCUGAAUCUGAAUCUGAAUCUGGAGGAGUAUAACAUUGCUAAGCAACUGAGGAACAAGCUGACUAAGAUCUGA